GAGAAAUCUUAGUAAUGAGGGUAAAAAGACUCAAUCAUAAAAAGUAAACACCGCCUAAGUUGACCUGUGUUCUCAUUGCUAGAUUGAGAGACAGAGAAAUGGAGGAAAGUUCGAAGUGAAAGAUGGCUUGACAACUGCAUCAGAAACUAGCAUGCCUGAAGUAGAUGCUCUUAAAGCCAAGGAGUGGGAAGUUGGGAUUUACCAAGAAGAAAUUGCUGCGGGUCAAGGUAUUAAGAUUAGGAGGCGGCCAGCAACUGGACUGCCGCCACAUUAUGUUGGUCCUUUUGAGUUUGACCUGCAGAAUGAAGGCAAUACUCCCCGUAAUAUUCUUGAAGCGAUCAUAUGGAGUAAGGACGUUGAAGUCACUCAGAGGAAAGAGAAGAAUCCGUACGCGGUGCUGAAGAAACUGCUUGAUAAAGCGCCACCAGCUAGAGAUUUCAUUGGAGCUCUGAAAAAGGCGAACUCGCGGACCAGUUUUCCUGGCUUGAUUGCUGAAGUGAAGAAGGCUUCUCCGAGCAGAGGAGUGCUGAGAGAGAAUUUUGAUCCUGUUCAGAUCGCUAAAGCUUAUGAAAAAGGUGGAGCUGCUUGCCUUAGUGUUUUAACCGACGAGAAGUACUUCCAAGGAAGCUUUGAGAAUUUAGAGGCCAUUAGAAAUUCUGGAGUGCAGGCUUGUGAUUCUGCUAUCGAAUUUGUGGUAGAUGCGUGGCAGAUCUACUAUGCUAGGAUAAAAGGUGCAGAUGCAAUUCUUCUGAUUGCCGCGGUCUUGCCUGAUCUGGAUAUCAAGUACAUGAUUAAAAUUUGCAAAUUGUUCAGGAUGACAGCAUUAGUUGAGGUGCAUGAUGAGAGAGAAUUCGAUCGUGUUAUAGAGAUUGAGGGGAUCCAACUUAUUGGCAUCAAUAAUCGUGACCUAGAAACAUUUGAGCUCAACAUUGCCAAUACGAAAAAGCUUCUUGAAGGUGAGCGUGGACAAAAGAUACGUGAGAAAGGAAUCAUGGUUGUUGGAGAGUCUGGACUUUUCACACCUGCAGAUAUUGCUUAUGUCCAAGAAGCUGGUGUCAAAGCAGUGCUGGUGGGCGAGUCGCUUGUUAAGCAGGAAGAUCCUAGUGCUGGAAUAGCUCAGCUUUUUGGUAAAGACAUUUCUUUGUGAUGUUCAUCAACCUCCACAUUUUCUGCAGCUCGUUGAGCAUGGUGACGACUCUUAGCAGCGUUUGUCUGCUUACUUAGUUCGAAAGUGUAGUAAACAAUGCAACAAUUAGUGGCAAAUUUGAUGCACAACAGUUCUGUAGUUGCAAGGAACAAAUUUUAUUCUUAUUCAAUAAGAGAUUUGCCUUUUCUUGUAA